AUGGAAAGAAAGGUGGACCCGGAGACGCCAUCACCCCCACGCCUGCCGUGCCCUGCCGGUGGUCUUUUGAACGCCCGAGACGACGCAGCCAAAGAGCCUUCUCUAUGGGAUAGGGCCUUCCAUGCUCUGGCCGAGGAGAAGGGGGAGCUCGUCUCCGAGUACGAGAGCCUCCUUUCUCGCGCCUUCAACCCCAACCCCCAGCCCAUUCACUCCGCGAGCGAAGAACAGAACGCCGCUGCGGUUUACAACCCGAUCCCCAGCCAUGAUCCAGUAGCACGCGAGCAAAGCCUGAAGCGCAUCAUCGAAAUGGGCCUCCAGCAUAUGGAAGACAAGAAACUGCGCACCACGGUCCUUGGUCACGAAAUCUCCCUAAGCAACGUCGUGGCCAACGCCGCCGGUGCUGUCACAUGGGCCGAGAAACUCACCAAAAAAGCCGUAAAGGAUGUGCCCUACGCAUCCAUCGUCAUGGCCGGCGUUUCCCUUAUCCUGCCCCUCCUGAAGAAUCCCCUCGCUGCCGACGCUGCGAACAGCGAGGGGCUGACAUACGUCACGCUGCGAAUGCGAUACUACGCCGCCAUGGAGCAAUCACUCUUCCCCAAGGACAUGGAACCUGCGGCUCCUUCCUGUCGCUUCGACAACGCGCCAUCUUAUUCCGCAUCGAAUGUCAUUUUCCCUAAAGGGGAAGAAUAUGCUCAUUACACCGUCUUUUCGCGGUCAUUACGAAGCAUGACAAGCACAUUGGAUCGUGAGGAUAUCUACCAUCUGAGCGAACCUGGGUAUCCUGCCGAAGACGUCAAGACACCAGACCCGGAUCCACUGCGCCCUGUUGGGUACUCAUGUGUAUACCGGGCUCACCAUCUACUCCACUGUCGUCAUACGGAAUCAGCCAUCAGAGACCUCCAGGAAGGUGGCAUAGUUGACGGAUUUUUCCGCACUCACUUCCUCCCGUGGCUCGAAGCUCUUAGUCUUCUGAAAGCCAUGCCACUAGGAGUGGCCGCAGUGCUCAAAAUGCAUAACCUCCUCAAAAAUUCAACCCAUACAACGUCUUCUCUGACCGAUAGGGUUUGGGACGCAAGCCGAUUUCUCCAAUCACACAAAUGGGGAAUCGAAAGGUACCCGCUUCAGGUGUAUACCUCCGCACUGAUAUUCACUCCUUCCACAAGCAUAACACGGAGACAAUACCUGGAAAGACACCAAUCCUUGUUGACCGUGCUCCCCAUGGUCGAUGAAAAUUGGAGUGCAUGUCUUCAAACGUUGGAGGGCCAUAGUGAUUAUGUCACUUCGGUGGCCUUCUCGCCAGACAGCCAGGUGGUCGCGUCAGCCUCGAUUGAUAGAACAGUUAAGCUCUGGAAUGUCCAGACAGGUGUAGAGAAGAUAACACUUGAGGGCCAUAACAAUAAGGUUACCUCAGUGGCCUUCUCGCCUAACAGCCAGGUGGUUACGUCAGCCUCAUAUAGCAAAGUCCAGCUCUAG